AUGUGCUCUCUAAUGAGACGAAGCGGAAGGGCCCAGUUGAUUGUCUGGGACCGUUCUGGUCGUCAUCCUGUCGAUCCAGUAAUUGAUACAGCAGCGGAAAUGUUUAGGGGUUUGGAAAUUGACAACAAAUACAGUAUGAAAAAGAGCACUAGUCAACGCAAGCCUGUCUUGUAUAUAUGGGCAAGCAGAGGAAAAUGUGCUCCUUAUGCCGUGCCGAGAAGGAUUCGUCCAUCUAAAAACGUUGAAGAUCCUUACUCGAUAAUGCAACAAGUACGAUUGCGAGGGAUCGUUGAUGCUGCAAGCCUGAGAUUGUCCUUGAUGAGAUCUGCUAACGCCGGCGAUGUUCCACAUCGAAGAAGAAAUAUAGUGUUUGCGAGAAGUUACUGUCCAGAACUCAGUUUUUAUUAA